AUGGAGAAUGACAAGAGGCCAACUGAGAAAGAGGAAGCCAACAAUGAAGAAGAGGUGACAGCAAGCAAGCAAGCUCAAGAGAAGCUUAAAGAGAAGGAUGACCAGCCACAAGAUUCAAGGAAAGGGAAGCAAGUGAUGGAAGAACCAUCUCAAGGACAGAAGCAGUUGGAGAAGACUUUCACACCUCCCUUGCCAUACCCUCAAAGGUUCAACAAGGAGAUCAAGGAUCAACACUUACCCAAAUUCCUUGAAGUCUUCAAGAAGUUGGAGAUUAAUAUCCCCCUGGCUGAAGCAUUAGAGCAGAUGCCUCUAUAUGCAAAAUUUUUGAAAGAGCUUAUCAAUAAAAAGAGAAGUUGGCAUGAGAAGGCAACCAUUAUGCUCACUGAAGAAUGCAGUGCUGUGAUUCAAAGGGGCCUCUCACCAAAACUCAAGGAUCCUAGGAGCUUCUUCCUGCCUUGUACCAUUGGUAGUCUAACCAUUGAUAAGGCAUUAUGUGACCUAGGAGCAAGCAUUAAUCUAAUUCCCUAUUCUAUGAUGAGAAGGCUAUGCAUAGAGGAGGUAAAGCCCACACAAAUGUCACUAGAGCUCAUGGACAAAUCAUUGGUAUUUCCCAGAGGAGUGAUUGAAAAUCUUCUGGUCCAAGUAGGGACAUUCAUAUUCCCAGUAGACUUUGUGAUCCUGGAUCUAGGAGAAGAAGGGAGUAACUAUAUUAUCUUGGGAAGACCCUUCUUGGCCACAGCAAGGGCCAUCAUAGAUGUUGAACAAGGAGAGCUGACCCUAAGGGUACAUGAUGAAAGCAUUACUCUGAAUGUCUUUCCAAAAGCACAGCAUAAUGAUGAAAAAGAAAAAUGUAUGGAGGCUGACAAAGAAAACUUACAGUGGAAGGAAGAAACCAACAAGACACUCGUUAAUUUUUUUUCCAAAGCAAGAGACAAGCAGCAAAGCAGGGCAAAAGGAGAAUGA